GCGCUAAUCGGAAAUGCGAAAUAUUUUGGAAGCUUUGGUCCGAGACUUAAUAACGCAGGGGCUACGUUUAUCCGAACGGUCAAACUAAUAAAUGACUCGUCAACUCGAAACAUGUCAGAAAAUAAAGUGGAAGUGAUUGAUAUCAAUGAUGAUGAUGAUGGAGACUUUGUCUCCUGCCAGGUCUGCUUUACAAACUUUAAUGAAGGAGAACAUCUGCCAAAAUUUUUAGACAAAUGUCAUCACUUUUUCUGUCUUACCUGUAUUAAGAGUCUUGUAAAAGGUACAAACAGCAGAAAGAAAGUAACCUGUCCCAUGUGCAGAGCAACUUCAGUACUUGGAAAGAAGAAAUGUGAAGAUUUAGGCACAAAUCAUAUUGCCUUGCGUUUAUUAAUAGUGGUUGGAGAAUCCCAGAAAAAACAGAACGAAGGGACAAACCAGCAGUGGUGUUCUGAAUGUAAUGCUUCAGCAUCUAAAAACUGUGAUCUUCAGAAACAUGAAAUUAUAAAUUUCAACGAAAUAUACCAUUCCCACUCUUUGCUCCUCAAGGAUAUUAUCAUCAAUUCAAAUUCAGCAUGUGACCAAGCCCUGGAAAUUUACAGAAAAAUUGAGUCUUCACAUGAAGUCAUUCUGACUAGAAUUCGGUGGCUUGAGUCUGAAAUGACUCAAAGGGUAUUAUCUAAUAAUGCCAAAAUUGCUCAUGUGGAGUCCUUGAAAUCAGAAGAAGGAUGGAUUGAUGCAUGCAAGGAAGAAAACAUGAAUGCAAGCAUGAAUAAAAUCAAACAGCUUGUAGUCAAGUUCAGUGACAUAACUGAAGAGGUGAAAGCUGCUGAAUUAAAGGCUAAAGAUUACCUUGAUACUAAUGGCAGUAACGACGUUGCUUUCUUAAUUGAAUUAUUGAAAAGUCAAGAAACCGAUCCUUCGGAAAAUUUCACUUCCGUUCCAAAUGGCAGCAGUAUCAGUGGCGUGGUGAUUCAAGAUAAUCCGGUAACUAAGGUCACGAAAGAUCAAGAAUUGAAACAAAAUCAAAGUCAACAAUUACCCAAGCGACGGGGUGAAGAGCAUGCAGAAUCAACUACACUUCCUACGAAGAAGAUUCGGGUAGAAACUCCAAUCGAGUCAAAUAAGAAGAUCUAUAGGGCUGUUCGACAUCUUUUUUAACAUUUGUUGCCAUCGUGGCAACGCAGCAACUCAUGUAUUUUUUGUCUGCUACGAGUGACUUGUUUAUUCUGUGAAAUAUGAAAGUUCGUGUGUUCGGAUCACUUUGUUACAGGAAAGCCGAGUGGAGAAUUCCACAAAAAACAUGUUGAUUGGGCACCCUCUAUAAAUGUGGGAUCAAAUAAGACGAAACAAUUUCUAGGUAUAAGAUGGUGAUCAUCAAGUACGUAACAAUGUUGCUUUUGACAAGGCUGAUACACCUCCAUUGAUAGAUGUUGAAACUGCAACUGAAGUUAAGGAUUCCGGUUUUUUGAACAAUUUGAUACAAGUUGAUUUAGUUAUGGCUGAUAGGGGAUUUACAGUUCAUGAGGCUGUUACUUUACGAAUGCAAAUCUUGCUGUGCCUUCGUUCCUUGGAAAGCAAACACAGUUGUCAAAUGUUGAAGUUGAGUACUUUAGAGGCCUAGCAAGGAUUCGUAUACAUGUUGAGAGAGUUAUAGGGGCCACAAAACAAAGAUCACUAUUUUAGAAGGUCCUCUUCAUCGUGCAACACUUUCUGUUUCAAAGGGUGAAGAUUCAGCAAUAAUUGAUAAAAUUGUUAUGGUCUGUUGCGCUCUUUACAAUUCGUGUUCAUCUGUUGUACCCUUACUGUAGUGUGUUUAGGUGAAUAAUUGUCAUAAUAAACCACAAAUUUUCAAAAAAUA